AUGAGUGUCUAUCAGGUUCUCACGGAUAUCUUCCACUGCAUCGGCCUGUUUGCCAUGGCGAUCUGCUCCUUCAUCAGCUUCCUGCUGCUCAUAAUUGCCUUGGCCUCAGACUACUGGGUAGGCGACUUCGGUAACCACGAGAGCCUGUGGAAACAAUGCCUUGGUGACCAAUGUACUACAUUUGGGAUGAAAGUGGAAGGAUACAUCCAUGUCACUCGAGUUUUCAUGCUGGUCGGGAUGAUUUUUGGUGCCUCCCUCCUCGUUGGAUUUUGUGCCACAUGUUUCAGUUCUCACAUUGGUUCCCAUUCCUUGAUCAGGGUUGCGACUAUAUCCAACUUUUCCGCAGGUCUUUGUGUCCUGAUUGCCAUGGCCACAUUCACAGGAGUUAGGGGGACACGCGUCUCGUAUGGAUGGUCUUUCCGCUUGGGAUGGGCCUCCUUCCCUCUGUUCAUGAUAACAGGUCUGUUUGCUUACAAACUACAACCGGAAACAGAAUGA